AUGGUUAGCAGGUUCAAGGUACGGUUCGCCCCAGUGGCAUCCGUUGAACCGGCCUCACAGUCGUGUUCGGCGGAAUCUCGACUAGAAACUCCUAUGGCUACACCAUUAUCCUUCACGCAAUCUUCUUGCGACGACACGCGCAAACACCGAAGUCGCCUAAGCUGUCGCGAAUGCCGACGCCGCCGGGUGAAAUGCGACGAGACCUUUCCUGUUUGCCUCCGCUGCCAACGACGCGGAGACGUAUGCGAAUCACAGACGCGCUCGAGAUUGUGGCAGCCCGAGACGCCCUGGCUAAAGGCCAAAAAGGACAAAACAUCCAUGAUCUCCCUCAACGAAGCGGCCGCGGAGCCCAUAACCCAAAUGGACCAAAAGCUGCUGAGAUACUGGCUCGAAAAGGCCAGCCAGAUAAUGGCGCUCGACCCCGACAACAACCCAUUCUCGUUCCCUCUCCUGGAAGGCUCCGGCCAGAUACCAGCCAUGAUUCAUGCCGCGCAAAGCAUAGGCUCUGCUCAUCAGGCCUUCUUUGACAAGUCCAAAUUGAACAAGUGCUUGGAAGAGAGAGCUCUUGCACUGCGGCUCAUUCGGCAGGAGCUGGAGCAGACCAAAAAGGAUCUUACGUCUUGUUUCCUGACCGUCUUCCUCCUAGGGCUGUCGUAUUUUUGGACUGCUGGGCCAUUUAUUGACCUGGAAUGCCUUCGGCAGGCGCAGGCUCAUUUUGUCGGUGGCCGACAGCUGAUCGACUUCAUACUAUUGAUUCCAGCCGAGGAGCGCACGGAGCAGAUGCACUUCGCCAUUGGUGCGUACCUGUAUUGGGAGAUGGCAUGCUGUUUUCUGAUCGAGCCCGAACAGCAGCAGCCUCUCAACACGGCUGAAAUAUUCUCUGCAGUUCAAGAAUUGGGCGACAAAUACCACCCUAUCCUUGGAUAUUCUGCUGAGAUGGCCUACCUGAACGCGUAUAUUGGGCGAUACUGCCGAACCGUGGUGGACACAGGUGUCAGAGAUACGGUGCUCGAAGCAACCCUCGAGGAGCAACUCCUCGCAUGGGAGCCUAGCAACAACACCCCCGAACUUUCGCAUCUUUCCGAGGCUUACCGAAGCCAUGGUUUGCUAAACCUAUAUGUUGUUUGCUAUCGAUCGCAUGCGAGCAACAACGACUCCCCCACCCUGGGGUUUCCCACUGAAUGGCUUGAGUUUGACCCAGAGUUUGUAUCUCUGGAGCCCACCGCCGAGGAUAGCAUGGAAAAGGAGCUGGAGGCUCAGAUACACAGCAUUGCCUUGCAAACAGUUACCAGCUUGACGCAGGUCCCUGACAGCCAUCCUUGCACCAACUUGCAGGGAAUUCCUCUCUUGACUGCAGGAUCGGAGCUGACGGCCGAGGACGGUAUCGAGCGGGACUUGGUUAGAAAGCGAUUCCGGGCGAUUUACUCGCUCAAUCACCUGCCCGCUAACCUGGCGGCCAUUCAGCUCCUGGAAGAGAUUUGGUCUCUCCGGGAUAUCGGAAUCGUGGUUUCUUGGCUCUCCCUCAUGGUUGAGCACAAUUGGCAUAUCAUGCUUGGAUAA